UAUCAAGCCUAAUGGCGAGCAAUAAAAAGGAUACAAAAAUUUACCGUGAGAGAAAUUCAAGAGUAGUUCGUUUCGAUCUGAGCGGAAAUGAGCAGGCGGACAUCGCGGCCGCGUAAAUCCGAUUACCUGGAGAAUAACCCAGGAUUAGCCAAUCAAAAUUCAUUUGACUACGUCAAAGACAAAGAAGCCAUUACCUGGCUAACCAAUUCUUCAAAGAAUGGUGGUCGUGGGCGAGCCCACGACAUGGUGAAGGAUAACGUGCUGCUCGCUUGGCAGCAAACUCCUCACAAGGACACGUUGGGCUUCUAUGGCGUGGGGUCGCCCAUCCACCAGCCCGAAUCGGUGGUGUUCAACCAGGUGCUUUCUGAAUGCCUGGCAAAAGCCAGUGGUGGCAUCACCCGGCGGCAUCUUUCCAGAAAACGAGGAUUGCCACCUCAGAAGAUUAGGACUUUAGGCGAUAUUCCUAAGCCGCAACGUUGCAAAACCUACGUACUUAACCGUCGAGCAUUGCAGUCGGAGAUCCAGCUGAUGCCACAUACUCGACAGCAGCUGGAUCCCCGGAAAGCUUUGGAGACGAUAUAUUGCCCUCAUCCCAUUGUUGUAACCCACCAGCUAGAAAAAAUGAUUCCUGGGGAAGCCCUCAAAACGAAGCGUAAACCAAAACCAAAAGGUCUUCGUCGGCGUUACUGGUUUUGCCCCAUGGAUUGUGGUGAACAUAGAAAUGAUUGCACUCUGUAUGAGUGGACCAAAUUCAAGAUGGAUCCUCGACCUUAUAACAAAAAGUUCCGCGAAUCGGUCGAGGAUCAAAAGGAAGAAAGGAGAUCCGAGCCGAAAAACUACGAGCAGUUGUACGACAAGCUUAUUAAAUGUUUUGAGGAGAAACCCUCGUCGGAUCCCCUAUGCAAAACCUAUAAGAUUUGCUGCGAACCGCCUAAAAAAAUCAACCAAGGAGGUGGAGAUGGUAAGGAUCGCAAAGGUUUUCGAGAAGGACCUGGAGGACCUGGAGGACCCGUAGGACCUUCUGGUGAUGGAAAUGAAGUGACUGGGGAUGAUAAAACCGAAAGUGAAAAGGAAACGGGAAAAGAAGAAGGAGAUCAGGGCUAUGGUGAGGAAGAUGAUGGAACCGGCGAUAAAAUGAAAAAACAAGAUGGCGAACAUGAGGACGAAAAGGAAGAGAAGGAUAAGCAUACUGAUACAGAGAAAAACAAAGAUAAAGAAAGGCAGAAACAAAAAGAAACAGAUAAAGUUAAGAAAAGAAAUAUUAAUAAGGAUAAAGAUAAUUAUGAGGAUAGCGAGACUUAUCGUAUAGGCGAAGACGAAGAAGAAGGGAGGGGUAAAAAGAAAAAGAAGAAUAAAUAUAAAUUAAAAAAAAGGGACAGUUAUAAAGAUAAAGACGAAGAAAAAAGGACGGAUAAAAAGAAAAAGAAGGAUAAAUACCAAGUUAAGAAAAGGAAGAGUUCUAUAGACGAAGGCACAGGAAAAAGGACGAGUAUAAAGGAUAAAAAAGAUAAAAAUAAAGUUCAGAGAAAACAGAGUUAUAUAGACGAAGACGAAGAAGAAAAGUCGGGUAAAAAGAAGAAGAAGGAUAAAAAUAAAGUUAAGAAAAGGAAGAGUUCCAUUGAGGAAGGCAAAGGAGAAAGGUCGAGUGAGAAGGAAAAGGAAAAGAAAGAUAAGAAUAAAGUUGCAAAAAGGGAGAGUUAUGAAGACGAAGACGAAGACAUAGGAGAAGAGUCGGGUAAAAAAAAGGAUAAGAAGACUUCGAAACGGAAAACAUCCAAGGAUUCUUCGCGGAACUCCGAUAAAGACAGAGCUAGUACAAUACCCAAUAUUCCAAUUGAGAUAGACCCUCAUAGAAGUUUCACUGGCGAAGUAAACGAAAGUGAUAAGGAUCUUCCAAUUAAAGAAAUUUGGAAAUUCAUUCCCAAAAUCCCAAAGAAAAAGCCUAAAAAGCCAAAGAAAAAGGGAAAGAAAAAUGGAAAGAAAGAGAAAGAUGAUAAAAAUGAAGACAAAUGCAGGAAGGAGGAAAGGAUUUGCGAUCCUUGUCCGCCGCCGGUUUGCGAGUGUGAAAUCUGUGACUUCUUGGAUCGCCAUUGUGGGCAAGAGGAGGCUCCUUACAUGAAGGAAAUGAGGCAGGAGGAGAAGAGACGCCAACUGCGAGCUUACUAUCGCCAAAUGUGCCACCGGGAAUAUAUCCGAAAUCGAAUUUGUGUGGAAUAUCGAGCACCGCAGCACAAAUGCGAUCCCAUCUGCUGCGAGGACUUCUUUUGCAAAAAUCCCCGCCUCGCUGAGCACUGCGAAUGCCUUGAAGCCGUUCAGGAGCUGCAGAAGCUCCUCUGCGGCUUCAAGGAUAACCAGUACUACUGCGAGCUGAUCCUUCGGGUUGAGAAGUUAUGCGAAAGUCUCUGUCAGCGGCUGUGUGAAAGCAUUUUAGCUUAAAAUGGUUUGGAGAUUUUUUUGAGUUGAUUGCUUUUAGCUUGAUUUUUUUGGUCGGACAAUAAAUGUUUUUAUGAAAAAGUA